AUGGCGGCCACCGACGCCAUCGCCGCCGCAGUGCUCCUGGUGGUGCUGCUUUCCUGUCCUGAGGUCUCGCUCACUCCGACAGAUUACCACAGUGGACAUGACGGAGCCGUCACGUGCGACAAGAGCCAGCUGCCGUCUCGGAGCGUGGUGUGCUACGUGAAGCCCGGAGAUCCGCACUUCGACCUGUCCCACCUGGACCCUUGUCUGUGCACCCACCUUGUCUACGGAACGCUCGAGGUCCAGGGAGACCUGUCCUUGGGGCCCUUCGUUCACGAGAACCUGACUGCCCUGAACGUGCUCCGGGAGCACAAUCCGCACCUGGUGCCCAUGGUGGAACUCCGAGGGCUAGACCACGUGGUCCAGGUGCCCACGCAGGACCAGCUAGCGGAGCUGGUGCAGCACGUGAGCAAGGCCGUGGCACCCACCAAGCCCCGGGGUCUGGACGUGGACUACCAGCUGCACGGUGUCGACUACCAGGUGGCCAUGGAGCAGAAGCCCGUCCUGGGACACUUCCUCCACCACUUCCGUCAGGAAUCGCCGCUCCGGAAUCCCGUGGUCUCGGUCACCGUCGCCAAGGAACCUCAUCUCGUGAACCACGCCUACGACUUCAGGACUCUCGUCAAGAACGCCGAUUACAUCAACGUGCCAGCCUUCAUGUUCCACGACGGACAGCCCGAGUAUGCCGUUCACCCAGCGCCUCUCCACGGGGACCGCGGCGAAAUGGACAACACCGACUCGCUGGUGAACCUGGUGCUGGCCAUGGGCGUGCCUCGCCAGAAGGUCAUCGUCGGAGUGCCCAUGUUCGGCAUGACGUACCGGCUGGCCGACCCCCACGUGGCGGCCAUGGGCGCCCCGCUCUACCACGGCGCCGACGACUCUUACAAGUUCAACCACCCGCAGUUCUGUGCGCUGCAGCACAACCUCAACUUCAGCGUCGAGCGUGACGCGGACUUGACAGCCCCGUACGCAGUCAGCGGCGAUGCCUUCAUGGGAUUCGAAGAUGAACUCAGCUUGAGGCUUAAGGGCAAAUACGUGCAACUCCAGGACCUCGGCGGCGUGUACGCGUACGCGGUGAACGACGACGACUCCCGGGCCGUGUGUGGCCAGGGCCACUUCCCACUGCUGCACUCCCUGCACGAGGGCAUCACCGGGGUGGCCCACGGCGGUCCGCUCGAGUACGUCGAGACCAACACAGAAACCAAGAUCGUUCGCAUCGUAGACCAGCAGGGCAACAACCUGCACGUCGACGGCCUCAACUCGUACAGCGUCGCGGGCUUCACCUGCACGCGCCCCGGGCACUUCCGCGACCCCAAGGACUGCACCAAGUUCUUCCGCUGCGUCAAGUACGACAGCCGGGUGCAUGACUACACCGUCUUCCUCUUCGACUGUCCGGCGGGACUGGUCUUCGACGACCGCAUCGAGGUCUGCAACUGGCCCUCCUGGUCGGAACAGUGCCACGGCUCCGGGGAGCUGUCCACGACGCCCCGGUCGGCCUUCCACUGCCCGGGAGUCGGCUACUACCAAGACCCGGAGAACUGCCGCUGGUUCUACUUCUGCGACGACACGUACGAGAACGGGACGCUCACGGCGUUCGACAUGCGCUGCCCCCACGGCCUCGGAUUCGACCCGACCACUUUCAGCUGCAACUACCGUGCGGUCACUCCCGGCUGCAAGGACUACGCCGGCGUCGUCCAGCAGGCGCUCUUCGGGCCGUCCCUAUUCAGCCCCGGGGAGUUCUACAACAGACCAGGCGGGGCUCGGGCCAUCCACGGUGGAGUCCCCGUGGCCUACAACGCCCUCGUGCAGAGGCCACAGCCGGUAGGCCUCCACGGAGUCACGCUCCCGACGGGCGUGCUCCCGGCGGAACUCCAGAUCCGGGGUCCGGGCCGCGGCUUCCACCCGCUCGCCCAACGGCCCAACUUCCACCCGCAGUCGCACGUUCAAACCAGGGAAAUCCAGCACUUCCUUCAAGACGGAGACCUAGACCUGCAUUCCCUCCAACUUCAGCAGCAGGUGCCUGAAAUCCAGAUCGAGGCCCGCGUAAUCCAGGACCAGUCCGGACAGGACAGGACGCAGGGCUUGUUCCCGCAAUCAGACGUCGCGGGGUACUCUGGUUAUGCGGGACGCGGCUUCUACGACCCGACGCAGCUCUACCAACCACAGCAAUCCGGCAAUCCCUACUACGGCCAAUCCGGACUCUACCAAGCUGCGUCUCCACAAUACGCUCCGGCGAGGUACCAGCUGCAGGCGCAGGUGUCCCAGGGGAACUACAAGUACCCGUCGCUCUCUCUACCAACUCCACCUUCCCCGCCGCCCAAGUUCCAAGUACCAGGAGUGCAGUACGGCCCGCCCGACCUGCACCGCAAUUUCGAUCACACCCUGUCGAACCUGUACAGGCACCAAAUCGGCCAGGGUGCCAGUGCCGCGUACGUUCCGGGACCGCCUCAGCUGCCACCCGCGUACAGGCCGCAGUAUGAGACACCCAGGUUCACGUUCCAGGACCAGCAGGCACGACUGCGACCUGGUUCGGGGCCAAACAAUUUCAUGCGCUUCAACCCAGCCACCUCCUUCUACGGCGGUCUCGCGGGCACGUACGAACGCAAGGCUUUCUCGCCUCCCUUGGUUCGUCCGUCAACCCACGCUCGCUACGACAACUUCCCGUCUUUGGGUGCGUACACACAAGGCCUCCAGUCGCAAGGGUACGGGGUUCCCAAGUCCGAUAUCGGUGGCAAUCCCUUCCUGUUCGACCGCUUUAAUCCGUUCUCCGCCAAGAACGGGUACAAUCUGGCGUCAGCCGUCAUGACGCAGCGGCCCGACGGCUACACGAACGUCUACCUCUACAACCCCCUUUCUUACAUGAGCAGCAUGUAUCGGGACGGCAUGACCAUGUUUGGGCCUCGCUUCAUUUACGGCGGAGGCCAGGGCGGAGGCCAAGGCGGAGGCCAGUAUCCACCGCCACCCCAGCCGAAACCUCCGGUGUUCAGCGUACCUCCGCUCUCGCGACCACCAGCCGCGCCAAGGGCUCCAGACGUAGCGUCAGCGGGAAGACCGCAGCCACCGGCGCAACGUUACGGCGACCCACCACCACCUCCCGACGGAGAUGCGGGAGAGGAACUCUUGUCGCUCGACGACCUAUCACAGUUCAGGCGUCAACCUGCGUCCUACGAUGACACUCAGUCUUUCGCUCAACCAACGCAGCCACGGGCACCGGAGGCACCUACGUACCCGCAACAACAAGCACUGCUACCGCCGAAAUCGCAACAAGUACAGCCACAGCAGCAGCCGGCAAUCACUUCGUUCACUCCAAAACCCUCCCUACAACCAUAUCCCCAGCAAAAACAAGAGCCGCCGGCGCCUCAAGGACCCCUCUAUGCAGGACAAUACCGGCCACCCGCUCAAACAGUGCCGUCUCCUCCGCCUGCGGCCCCUACGUUUGCCCCUCCUACCGCACCCAUCAAGACGCCCCAGCCCGCUUCGCCUGUGGUACCUCCUAUUCAACAACAAACGCUCCUGACCUCGACCCCACAACCCGCACAACCAGCCCCCCCUGCACCGCCUACCUCGGCCCCCGUUGCAUCCAAACCACUCGUCGCGGCUCCUGUGGUUACCCAGCAAGACACCGGCACGAGUCGGCCCUCCUCCUCGAGCGCGAUCCAGAAGACGCCGUCGAAGUACGCCAUCAACCAGCUUGUUGUCGACGAGCCCGACCCCCUCGUCACGAACAUCAAGGCCAUCGCACAUCCUGGCCCGCUUCGAGAACCCUCGCAGUCCAUUCUCCAAGACCUCAACAAGGUCCUCGCGAGAAUGCGUCCUGGUAAAUUUGACAGCCCAGUGAUCACGCCUCUGGACGAUAUCAUCGAGGAAGAAGACGAUGCGGCUGUCAAGCUCGUUGCCACCGCCAAGGGACCGCCGGUUCUGCCACACGCAGGACCCAGGUUCGCUAACAAAUACCGUACUCGCCUCGAUCGGCCACCGCCGCCCAACAACUACGUCGACAAGGGGUACGCCCAGGCAUCUCAGAAGUCGUCUGUGUUCCUCAAAGGAAAGACGCUCGUCAACAGCAUCAAAGAGUCCGACACCCUGCCGUCGGACAAGGUCCAAGACCUCAAGGAGAAGGCAUCCAGCCAGGUGUCCACGAUACCGGAAGUGGCUUGCACCAGGGUGGGUCUCUUCAGGCACCCCGCGGACUGUGGCAGGUUUUACGAGUGCUUCUACGACAAGUGGCUCCAGAAGUUCACCGUGCACGAGUUCGAGUGUCCCAUCAAACUUGCCUUCGAUGCGUCUGUGUCCGCAUGCAGCUCUGAAGGAUACGACAAGCUCUGUCGAAGAAAGAAGAGCGCCGCUGCCUAGCCAGCGCCUAGGGUCCUCCGUGAUGUCGUCGCCCUCUGAUGGCUCUUGCUUUUAUGGGAGCUUCACUAGAAGCGCUGUAGGAAGCCGCGCCACGUGGGGGCGUCAAGUCCUGCGUCUGACCCAAUAAGAUUUAAGUGAAAAAAAGAACCGGCCGGUAUGCCUCCACGUACCGCCAGAGUUCUGACAGUGCGCGAAACAAUUCAGGCCGCGCCAAUGCUGGCAUCUCAGUAGUCGCUUGUUUCGUAGCUUGUAGAACAGCUUCCGCGUGCAGUAGUCGCCUGCUGUGAGGAACGACGUACGAACAGAUCACUUUAAAUAAAACGGCAUAGUCGAGAUAGGCAUCCAUUACUGUAACAAUGCACUUCGUCUGUCUUGUACGUUUCUGUCCUACAUUUUGUCUUUAUCAGUCCGUUUAUCUUUGUACCAGUAAGUUCAGCAACCGUCUGACGAAGGGUCCUCGUUACAGUUUUGGUAAACUUAGUCAUCUACUGAGAUGUCGACAUGAUGUGGCGCUUCAUCGCGAACAUAUAGAAGAUAGUAAAAGUAUUUUCAUUAUCAGUUUCCUCAAAAGAAUUUAAGAAAAAAAUCAUUGUAACGUGUGUGCUGCGUGAUGUGCCUUUCUCAACAAAAAGUGUGCCAAAACUUUCUGUAUGUUCUUCUGAGUAAAAAUACACCAACCAAAAAAUAUCA